AUGGAGAAGACGCAAACUCCAACUGCGCCCGUCGCGCAAGAUCUCGAAGCCCCCAAUGCCCCCAUCAAACAAUCCAGCAUCGUCCACAAAUGGCAGCAAAACCUCUCAACCACCCACGCAGAUCUAGUCUGUCUCCUCCUCUGCUUCCUUACCGGCCUAUGCGAUAGCAGCGCCUACAACGCCUGGUCCUGCUUCCUGGGAAUGCAAACUGGAAAUACCAUCUUCCUCGGCCUCGGCGCGUCAAACCAACCAGCCAGUAAGCCAUGGGGCUGGCUCAAAUCUCUCGUGUCCAUCCUCUCCUUCUUCUUCGGCGCAAUGAUCUUCUCAAUCGCAAUGCGCAGCGUCGGCGCUCUCCGCCGCGGAACUCUCUUCGUCUCUUUCUUCAUCCAAAUGCUUCUUAUCAUCAUCGCCGUCGCUCUCAUCGAAGCCGAUCUCAUCCCCCACACUUCCAAAGACUCCAGUCUAGACGGAGGCCCCUUGUUCCUCGAGCUGAUCCCCAUCGGCCUGCUUGCUUUCCAGUCCGCUGGUGGAAUGACCUGUAGCCGGGCACUUGGGUACAAUGAGAUUCCGACCGUGGUGCUGACGAGCGUCUACUUUGAUGUUGCCUCUGAUCCGAAGAUCUUGGAUAAGCCCACUGCGAAUGUUAAGCGCAAUCGUCGCGUUGGGGGUGUCGUCGCGCUGCUUAUUGGCGCUAUUGUGGGUGGUUGGUUGAGUCGUAGUAGUGGGGGCAUGGAGUCGGCACUUUGGAUGGCUGCUGGCUUGAAGUUCGUUGCUGCUUUCGGGUGGUUGUUCUGGAAGGCUGCACCAGCGAAAUAA